AUGCUUAAAGGACUUUUCGAAAUCACAGAAGGCGGUUGGAGGUGCGUUUUGUGUGGUGCUCUCAAUCAAGACGACAGCCAUCACCUGGUACACAACAUUGCACCAUGUGUCAUCGCAGAGGACCGUCCUUCAUUCAAGAGAAGGUAUGAGAUGGUAUGGCAUCUAAAGGAUGUUCACGGUACAACGGAUGGAAUUUGCGUGGCGGGAAAAUGGCGAUGCGAAUCCUCUAAGAAUGCGUGGUCGUGUGGCUUUUGUAUCCACCUAUUCUCGUCUCUUCAGGAUCGUCUCAAACAUAUCGGCGCCAAACACUUCGAGAACGGACAAAGCAUCAAUGACUGGGAUUUCACCAUGGUGAUACAAGGCCUUCUUCUCCAGCCCGAGAUUCAAGAAGCUUGGCAACGUCUUCUGGAGUCAUUUGAUCCCUUUCGCCCCUCAGAAACCAAAUGGAAUAAGCUUGGGUGUGAGUACUUACAGUACAGACUCGAAAUGGGUGUCACGGGCAAAGAGACCCCACAAUCUCUGGCCAAGGCGGCAUAUGACAGUGCCGAGUACGACUGGUGUCCCGCCCAACAUGAUGCCAUGGCUUCCGCUACCACCAUGAACACCCUACUAGUACCAUAUCAGCAUACCAGUCAAGGCUUUUCGGCUCCAUUUGAAGGUCACGCAGUCGCAUCAGGUGAAACACCAGUGCAGUACCCACCCUGGUCGUCACCACAAUACCAAGCCUCUGAGAUCCCUACAAGUGCACCUAAUUUGGGGUACCAAAGUUCCUAUGGAGCCCAUACGUCGAAUUUCAACACUGUCCCUGCGCUCGAUCACAGUCCAGCAUGGAAGCCAAUACCUUCGGAUACCGAUGAUAAGGACAGUACGCAGCCGACGACACCGUUCAACGACAACACUUUCUACCCAGCCGACCCGUCAAUCUACGGCCCUUGGAAUGGCUACAACAUCAACCCUAGUCCUGCCUUCAGCGACCAGAAAUUGUUCCAUCACAAGAGUAACGAGAUGUCUGACUGGUCUGCAAAUCCUCAACUCCAUACUGCACUUGGACCUACUGGUUCUACCCUCAAACGCCCGAGGGACUCUGCAUCCUCGCCCGCCGAGGCCGUUGCUCGCGAGAGCUCUUCGACAGAUAAGACGAGGAAGAGAGCAUAUCGAAAAAGAUCUGUUGAAGAUGGGACGGCAUCGCAAGGCUUCGAUCUCGAACAUGUACACGGACGGAUUCACGAUGAUGAGGGCGCACCGGGUGGAAUGCGAGCGAAUAGAUCUAUGCAUCAUGAUGUCUAG